AUGGAAGGCUUUUACAGCAUUGAUGACUUCCCAAAUAUCGUCGGAGCAAUAGACGGGACGCACAUUAGAAUAAAAUCUCCAUUAGAAGAUGAAUAUUUAUAUGUGAACAGAAAAAACUACCACUCUAUUAAUGUUCAAGGAGUUUGUGACUCUAACAUGAAAUUUCUAAACAUUGUAGCUAAAUGGCCAGGUGCAACUCACGACGCCUUCAUUUGGGCUAAUUCUAGCUUGAGUAAAAUGUUUGAGGACGGACAAUUGAUCAUGCAUGGAUGGCUGAUAGGAGAUAGUGGGUAUCCACUUCGACCAUGGCUUCUCACUCCUGUGCUUAACCCAACAACGAGAAAUCAACAAAGAUACAAUGCUUCCCAUAUGAAGACGAGGAGCGUUGUCGAAAGGAGUUUUGGAGUCUUAAAAUCACGUUUCCGUUGCAUAGAUGCAAGUGCUGGCACAUUGCUUUACAGACCAUUAAAAUGCUGUGACAUUUUUAUUGCUGUUGCUGUUUUACAUAAUAUGUGUAUAGCAAAUAGAAUCCCAUUGCCGGCAGACAUUGACCGAAAUCGCCCAGACCAAGGACACAUAGACACAUAG